UCGUUAAUUUCCCUUCCGGACAAAAAACCGCCGAGUGACGGAAGUUCAUUUCGAAUGCUAAAGCAGCGAGCGGCGAGCAGCUGACGUACCACUUUGAAAUUCUGAGAUAUAAUCCGAUGCUGAAUCGGUCACAAAGUUUAGAAUUAAGAGCGAAUCCAAGCAGUGCAGUGCAGUAGUACGGUGCGGCGCUGUGUAGAUUAAUGCAGCAGUUCAGUUAGUCACUUGGCCGAUCCGGCGUUCGUUCGCUUUUUUGUUUUUGUACCAACUGUUAGAAACGAAAAAAAAUGAAAUCAAAAGUAAAAUAAAAAAUAAAAAAUUAAAAUUAAAAAUCUGCCUGUUGCAGUAGUUGAGUAAAAUUUGUGUGCAUUUCUCAUUUAAAUACUGAAUAAAACGUUUAGUCGCCAAUUGUGGUUGAGAUUUAAGUGAAGUCUGUGUACCGUAAUUAUAAUUAAAGCCAGUACUUUCAAUCUAAUUUUAAUUGACAGAUUUUUGUUGGAGUUUUUUUGUGUGUUUGCAUUAUUAAACAUUCUUCCGGUUAGUGACCGGUUUGUGAAGGGACGUUUUUUGAUCGUGAACUUUUAUUUAUUUCUAUAUUUACUUAUUGUUGUAAAAUUUGUGGAGAAAUGUUUUUUCAAAAAAUUACACUCAAACAUGUGCUCAUAUUGCUUGGUCUUAUUGCUGCAAUAGCGGUUGUACUGAUUUGUAUUUAUACUACUACUACUGCCACCGCGCUGCAUCGAGAGUCUGGAGAGUCUGGAGAAUGGCUCUACAAUUGUACCGACGAAAGUGUGGACACUUCCAACUCCACACUGAAAUUGGUGCAUAUUGUAUUGCGUCAUGGGGCGCGUACACCGGUUACAACCUAUCCAAACGAUCCUUACGUAAACGAAACAUAUUCUCCCUACGGUUGGGGUCAUCUUACAAAUAGAGGCAAAGACGAACUAUUUCAGCUGGGAAAAUGGCUAAGAAAGCGAUAUGGAAAAUUUAUGGAACCUUACUAUUCGCCAGAUUUGGUUCACGCUCAAUCAACAGGAUCACCGCGUACGCUUAUGUCUCUCUCCACUGUGCUCGCUAGUUUUUUUCCACCACGUGGCACGCCUAUGGAAUGGAACCCUGAAUACAAUUGGCAACCAAUACCAAUAUUUACAGAGCCGUUAGAAAAUGAUAUGUUGCUUCUGAUACGCCCAUCCUGUCCCCGUUUUGCUGAGGCGCUCGAGGAAGUGCUUCAAUUGCCGCACGUAAAAGCCGAGCUAGAGCAAAAUAAAUGGCUCUUUGAAAAUUUAACUAGAAUAUUCGGAAUGCCCAUUGAAUCUGCGCAGGAUGUCAAUCUGAUGUACGUAACUCUGGAAGCACAGAGAGAGUACGGCUUAAAAUUACCAGAAUUUGUUACGGAAUACUUUCCUGAAAAAAUGCAACACAUAGCUGAGCGGAGUGUUACCUAUAAUACCUACACCAGAGAGAUGUUGAAGAUCAAAAGCGGUCCGUUUGUGAAAAAAAUGUUUGCCGAAAUGAUUGAAAAACGUAAGAGAAAACUCCAGCGUAAGUUGUACAUCUACGCAGCGCACGAUUGGACUAUGGGAAGCUUAAUGGCGGCAGUGAAGGUGUGGAAACCUCAACCGUUACACUUUGCAGUGACAAUUAUAUUUGAAUUGCAUCAAAAUCAACAAACAGGCGAUUACUACGUACAGCUUUAUUUACGUAACAGGAGUUGUGUCGAAUUAUUGGACAUCCCAGGUUGUGGUACUAAAUGCCCAUUAGACAAGUUCAUAGAAAUGUCUGCAGAUAUAAUACCCAAUGAAACACAUGAGGAGCGUUGCAAGCCGAUUAAUCCUGAUUUCAAAGAGCCGCCACCGCUUGUAGUGGAAUCUCCAAAAUAAUAAUUAUUAGGAAUAUUAGUAUAAGUAAAUAAGUGGAAAAGUAUUAAUUUUAUUUUAUUUAUAUAUUUAUGUAUGUGUGUAGUUGGGUUAAGAAAAUACCAAAAUAAAAAGAGAGUAAUCAGAAAAUGUCUAAUAAAGUCAAGAAGAACUAGCUCCAACAGAACUAGCGCAAAAAUUCAUGAAAAUGCAGGAUACAGACUUCAUUCUUAACUUAAUUUUAUGUCUGAAUCACAAAUUUCAGGUCCUAUCGAGGUCUUGAAACUCAUUCUAAUCGAUCUUUAAUUUUGAAUGUAUAUAAAUUUCUUAUA